AUGAAGACGGAAAUGCUGGAAACGUUUUAUACGGUAAUUGCCGGCGAUUUUGCGUCGGAAAAUGGAAAUGCAGCAAUUCGCUCCGCCUUUUGUUGGGCCGCUUCUUUCUCUGCGCUGUUUCUAUUAGUUUUGAACCUACUGGGGAGAAGAUCAAGGCUGCAAGCUUCAUUUCUGGCCCUUUUUCUUACGGCUAGUCUUCCAGAAGCUGUAUUCCAGAUAUUAAGAGGACAAUUUGGCUGUUGGGUUGCUAUUUUUGCUAUUGCUGCAAAUUACUGCUUUCCUGAUGUAUUUCCAGUUUCUGUCUCUCGAUUUCUGUUCUUUGUUGUCAUGCCAAACUGGCUGGCCUAUGAACUACGUGAGAGCAUCGCAGGCUGCCUAGUCUCUAGUUUGUGUGAAAUGAAUGAUGUUGAUUUAGCCGACUUGAACACGGGAUGUUACUAUGUUAGUGUAGAGAUCAUUCUAUGUGUGGCUGUCAUAUUUUUCCUUUCCUUUUUUGUUCUUUUAUGA